AUGGCUUGGCCGGAUCCGUUCUUAUCUCCGGACUCCGCCCUAAACAUCAAGUUCGUGACUGUGAACGUGACGGUGAGGGUCAGGUCCAGGUCCAGGGCGAGGUCCACGGUUCACAUUGGUAGGGGCUACGCAUCGGCAUCGCCGUACACUCAUUUUGAACUCAUCAAGGCGGUUGCUUUGACCGUCGUCCUGUCGGGCAUUGUCACAGCGCAGAACUCCACGACCUCACUUCCCGUGCUCGACCUAGGAUAUGCACUUCACCGCGCAGCGGCCUUCAAUGAAGCCGAAGGGUAUUACAACUUCUCCAACAUACGCUAUGCCGCCCCUCCUGUUGGAGACCUCCGAUUCAGGGCGCCGGAGCCUCCAGCAGUCGACCGAUCUGUAAUCCAAGACGGCUCUGAAUCCCGCAUAUGUCCACAAAAUUACCCGCCAUGGAUGGAAUCCAUCGGCUGGGUCCCUGAUUACAUCCAAUCUGGUGUUGUUCCGAAUGCCACGACUAGGGCAGGCCAGUCUGCGAACAGCUCCUCCACGCCGUCUCGCGAUCCGAUGCAGAAUGAGGACUGCCUAUUCCUGGACGUGAUGGUUCCUGAAGCGGUUUUUGCAAAGGCAGGUCAAGGUCAAGGUGCUCCUGUUCUAGUUUGGAUUUACGGUGGUGGCUAUGCCGUGGGUUCCAAGACGAAUGGAUACGACCCAAGAAGCCUUCUCAGUCGGAGCCAGACGAAUUCGUCAGAGGGUGUUGUCUACGUGGCGUUGAACUACCGGCUGGGUGCGUUUGGCUUCCUUGCAGGACCAACCCUCCAAGCCAAUGGCACAGCAAACGCAGGACUACAUGACCAGAGACUGGCUCUGGAGUGGGUUCGGGAGCACAUCCAUCUCUUUGGUGGGGAUAAAAACCGUGUGACGGUCAUGGGCGAGUCAGCUGGUGGUGGCUCCAUCGCCCAUCAUCUCACAGCCUACGGUGGCCGCAAAUCUGCGCCUUUUCAACAGGCAAUCAUCCAGUCCCCAGGGUGGACUCCCAUGCAGUCUACAGCUACCCAAGAGCAGAGAUUACAAGACUUUUUGCGAUUUGCAAACGUCAGUAGCCUGACGGAGGCUCGUGACCUGCCAACAGACCAGUUGAUGGAUGCGAACGACGCUCAGAUAUUUGCCUCACCGUAUGGCAGCUACGGGUUCGGACCAUCCGUUGAUGGAAUCUAUGUCACGCAAGACCCGAAGGUAGCGCUGAGUCUUGGCCGGUUCGAUGCCUCGGUGAAAAUUAUGGUCGGACAGAACUCGAAUGAGGGUCUUUUAUUCACCGCUCCUAUCACCAACGAUGCCGAGUACCUGGACUUCAUUCGCGCCAACUUUCCUACAGCUGGCGAGAACGCAAUCAGUCACAUCGCCAACGAUCUAUACCCUUCCGUCUUUGACGGCUCAAUGGGAUACGGAGACCAAAUUGCACGUGCCGCGCUGACCAUGGCCGAAGGCACUUUCGUCUGCAAUGCCUUUGCCCUGAACAGCGCGUACGACAGCCAUCCUUCCUACCUGUUCAACGUUCUCCCGGGGCUUCACGCGCAGGACGUCGAGUACACCUUUUACAACCCGGACGUUGCCUACCCGGGGCUCCCUGUGCUGACGAUGUGGGGCAAUAAUCAGACGGUUGCAUAUGUGAUGCAGGACUACUUCACCAGCUUCGCGGCCCGGGGUUUACCCGAAAGCCAAGAAGAUGGUCUUGCAGCCGUCUCCACGUACGGUGAAAAUGCAACCUUGACUGUGUUGAGCACAGAGGGUAUUUCGGUUGGAAGUGACCCGGCUGCAAAUGAGAGCGAGCUCAUGUGUGUUUUCGGCUUCAUUGCCACACAUAUCCUUCACACUCUAUUGCAGAGGGGUCAUUCUGUGGUUACGACUGUCCGUAGCACCAGCAAGGCUGAGGGCAUUCGAAAGGCACAUCCCAGUUAUGGUAAAGACAAACUUGACUUUGUCAUCGUCCCGGAUGUCUCUCAAGCCGAUGCUUUUGAUGAAGCUGUGGUCUCGGUUCCUCCUUUCGAGGCUGUAAUUCACACAGCUAGUCCCUUCCAUUUCAACGUGACGGACAUCAAGAAGGACCUCCUCGACCCUGCCAUCAACGGCACCACCGGCAUUCUUGGCGCUAUCAAGAAGAAUGCCCCGACUGUCAAGCGCGUGGUAAGAGCUGCGCCCCUGAAGAACUCAACUUCCUCAAUACUGAUGAGACAGGUCGUUACCUCAUCGUUCGGUUCGAUGAUGGACUUGUCCAAGGGUCUCUGGCCAGAGCAUACCUAUAACGAGGAAGACUGGAACCCGAUCACCAUGGAGGAAGCCCUUCAGAAUCCUGGUGCGGGCUACUCUGCCAGCAAGACAUUCGCAGAGAGGGCAGCUUGGGACUUUGUCAAGGAGGAAUCCCCGGCUUUUACCCUCGCUACCAUUAUGCCACCUCUCGUCUUUGGCCCUGCAGUGCAGAGCCUGGCAUCUUUGGACUCCUUAAACACCUCGAACCAAUUCAUCCGCAGCUUCACGAUUGGAGCCGCAAAGAAGGAAACCCCCCCUACUACGAAUCCAAUUUUCGCCGAUGUCCGAGACGUCGCAGCAGCUCAUGUGCAAGCUUUCGAGCAAGACGCGGCCGCCAAUCAACGAUUCUUCAUCACAAACGGUUAUUGUUCAAACCGCCAGAUCAUUGGAAUCAUUCGCCGAAACUUUCCAGAGUAUCGAGAACGUCUACCCGAUGAGACAGUGUCAGGAGGAGAACUACCCGAUGCAUACAAGGUGGAUGUGCGGAAGAGUGUAGAGGUCCUCGGUUUGAACACUCAUGACACGUCCCCUUUGGUCGGUGGUAGAAUUUUCAGUAAGCAGCCGCAACGCAGUCACAAAAUCCGACACGGUUUCCUACUCGCUGUCGUGACUUCGCUUUCGAUCCUUCAUGCCGCAUCCGCAUCAGCCAUUUUGGCGAUGCAGUCCGGCUUCUCGUUGUCCUUCCUUGAAGACCUGAGGCGCAGACUCACCGAUCAAGACGUGGAAGCAGCGAGAGAGAAUGGCAUGUUCUCUUUGAUCCGUACGAAUGACUUCAAACAAAAUUGGCACGUCUCUCCUGAUACUGGGGGCAUUUUAGUCACACUCUCGGGCAUACGAUGCACCGUCCAGCCUCAGCUGCAACAUGAGUCCAGUGCGUGCUUAGACGAUAAGUCCUUCGGACCCAGCGUUCAUGGCUGCCGGGACGACUUUGAUUUUACCCUGACGUUCGAGAGGAUCGUCCUUUCGAUUUUGCCAUCCGCAAUAUUCAUCGCCCUUGCCAUCUCAAGAAGUGUGUUUCUCACCCGAAGUCCAUCGGUAGCGGGAGCCGCAACUACGAUUUAUGCGGCUCUGCAGCUUGGUCUCCUAGUCCUCGCAACUGUUGAUUUCGUCGCUGUCGAUGGUAUCUUCAUCAGCUCUGCUGCUCUAGCCUUCGCUGCAGCGAUAUGUAUGGUGGCGUUGAGCUUCUUGGACCACUCCCGCUCGCCCCGGCCAGCGAUACUGCUCAAUGUAUAUCUUUUACUAACGGUUCUUUUCGACAUCGCUCAAAGCCGGUCCUUGUGGCUGUCCGCGCUGAGCCACCAGAACCUCCACUAUGUGCGACUGUUCACUGCCACUACAGUCUGGAAGGCCGUUCUGAUCCUGCUGGAAUCGACACAGAAGCAGCGCUGGCUUCAUCAAUUGGACCAGAAAAGCCAUAGCCCAGAGGAGACCAGCGGCCUCUACGGGCUCGGGACCUUCUUCUGGCUCACUUCGCUAUUCCUGUCGGGCUUCAAGAAGGCUUUGACUCUGUCUGAUCUCUUCGCCCUCGACAGGACUGUAUCUGCCGAGGUCUUGCAAGCUUCUUUUUCUCGUCACACCGACGAGACACUACUCAACGGCAAAAGCAAUGCUCUUGCGAAGUCUCUUGGUCGGGCAUUGAUCGUCCCUCUGCUGCUGCCGGUUGCUCCACGCAUAUUCCUCGUUGCACUUGGACUCUCGCAACCUUUCUUGAUCAAGACUCUCUUGACUCACCUCGAGAAGCCCGAGACAAGUUCCACAGUAAACAGUGGUUAUGGACUCAUCGGGGCAACCGUCUUGAUCUACUCCGGUAUACCCAUCGCCACCGCGCUCUAUUGGUACCUGCACGAAAGAGCGUUGUACAUGGUCCGAGGUUGUUUGGUUUCAGCGGUAUACCAUAAGACGACGCAGGCCCCCGUAUCAGCAUCAGACGACUCGGCGGCGGUAACACUGAUGAGCAGCGACAUCGAGCGGAUCCGUACGGGCCUCAUGUCGCUACAUGAGUUCUGGGCGAGCCCCAUCCAAGCUGCCGUGGCCUGCUGGCUACUCCAGCGCCAGCUCGGCGCCGCGUUCGCGGCGCCGGUCGUCGUCAUCGCCAUCUGUGUCGCUUGCUCGGUCCUCAUGAUGCGGUUCAUCGGCCCGCGGCAGGUGGCGUGGAUGCAGAGGAUACAGAAGCGCGUUGGACAUACGGCCAAUGUGAUUGGGAAUAUGAAGCACCUCAAGAUCUCGGGCAUGACGGGCGCCGUUGAGGAGUCUGUCCAGCAGCUGCGCGUGGAUGAGUUGAAGGUCGGCGGGCAGUUCCGAGUCUUCGUCCUCGUUGCCGUGGCCAUCGGCUUUACGCCGGUCCUCUUGGGCCCUGUCUUCACGUUUGCGGUCACGACGCGCAGUUUGAAUGCUACCACUAUCUUCACCUCAAUUUCCUACCUUUUAUUGCUCUCUGAGCCUUUGUCGAACCUUUUCCAAAUGGCGCCGGAGCUGCUUGCGGCAUUCGCCUGCCUUGACAGAGUGCAGGCAUUUCUUGAGAAAGACGCACGAAAGGACUCCCGCAGAGAUGCCAACCUCGUGGUUCCCUCUGAGAAGCGUGAUAGAAAAGACACUGAGUUGCCAGCAAUCACGAUCAGCAAUGCGAGCUUCGGCUGGACCGAGGACGUGAUGACUCUCAUGAACAUCAACUGCUCCAUACCCUUGGGCUUGACAAUUGUUGUCGGCCCAGUCGCAUCCGGUAAAUCAACGUUUUGCAAGGCGUUGCUAGGCGAAAUGCCUGUUGUGAAAGGGCGAGUAAUUAUGCAUACCAAGUUCCAUCGGGUUGGAUUCUGCGAACAAGUCCCCUUUCUUCCGAACGCAUCUAUCAGAGACACCAUCGUCGGCUUCUCAGUUUUCAACGAGGAAAGAUACGCAGCUGUGCUGGAGGCAGUCAUGCUUCUUCGGGACUUGGAGCUCCUCGCCCAGGGUGAUCAGACUAGGAUUGGCAGCAGCGGGAUCGCACUUAGCGGUGGCCAGAGACAGCGUAUCUCACUGGCACGAGCACUAUACCUGCAAUGUGACCUGCUCAUUCUGGACGAUGUCCUCAGCGGCCUGGACUCUGACACGGAGGGGCACGUCUUCCGUCGUGUUUUCGGACCUGAGGGCAUACUCAAACAAAGGAAUUCUACGGCCGUGCUUUGCACACAUGCGGUCCGACACCUUCCGUCGGCUAACCACAUCAUUGCCUUGGGUAGUGAUGGCACGAUUGUGGAACAAGGCCGCUUUGAUGACCUUUUCAAGAGUGAUGGAGAAAUCUGCAGUCAAGAGAUUGAGCAACGUACCACAAGCACGCAGCUCGCAUCACCAAGCCAGGAAGAGAUCCAACGGACUCGCAUCGCCGAUAUACCGACACCUGCCACUCAGCCCGAUGAAGAGGAGCCGGCUGGGGUGAUGAGCGACAGAGCCGUCUUCAAACACUACUGCCGAAGCAUCGGCGGUUUCUGGCUGGCCAGCUUUGUUAUAUUCGGCAUGCUAUGUGGAUUACUCUACAAUGUGCCCAGCAUCUGGCUGAACUUUUGGAGCAAGGACGUGACGUCGAAUCGCCCCAGACGGACAACAUCCUUCUAUGUCGGAUUGUAUGCCCUAUACCAGUGUCUGGCUCUGCUAACUCUGAUUGUAGAGGUAGCCAUCGGCAUGCUGAUCAUCAUUCGGAACUCCGGCACGAAUCUACACGAGAAGGCUCUGAAGACACUCAUAUCCGCGCCCCUGCGUUUCUUCGCCACCACCGAUACUGGUGUUGUCACGAACCUGUUCUCCCAGGACAUGACGCUCAUUGAUGGCGAGCUUCCGCAUGCGCUGACCAACACGUCCCUGGAAUUCUGGAAUGCAGUGGGAGCGGCGAUUGUGAUUGCUACAUCUUCGCCUUAUGUCGUUAUCACCUAUCCUUUUGUGAUAGCCAUUCUAUACGGCGUGCAGAAGUUCUACCUCCAGGGGUCGAUCUCUUUCAACAACACCCUCCUCGACACCUCACAGCGGCCCGCCUAUCUGCUGAGCAUGGUGCAGCGCUGGUUGGCGUUCGUGCUCGGCAUGGUCACGGCGGUCAUCGCCAUGCUGGUCGUCACCCUCGCGACGCAGCUGCGCCCCACCACCGGCUUCACCGGCGCCAGCAUGGUGUCGCUCAUGACUUUCGGCAGGACGCUGGCGAACCUUGUGCAGAUGUACACGCUGCUCGAGACGUCUAUCGGGGCUGUGGGCCGUCUCAAAUCUUUUAAUGAUAACACGGCGCCCGAAGACCUGCCUGGGGAGCAUUAUGUCCCGCCUGCUUCGUGGCCGGAGAAGGGGAGGAUUGUGAUAAGCGAUGUCUCUGCCACGUAUGGCGAUCCGACUUCUUCAAGCAGCUCAGCUGGCCUUGAUCAAUAUGCCCUGCGUGACUUGGACCUGACCAUUGAACCUGGCGAUAAGGUCGCCAUAUGCGGCCGUACAGGCAGCGGAAAGUCAUCCCUGGUCCUCCUACUCCUCCGCUUGCUAGACCCGCUCCCGACCUGCGCGGACAAGAUAACAAUCGACGAUGUCCCUCUGAACACAAUAGAUCGCUCAACACUCCGCCGGCGCAUCAUCGCCCUCCCGCAAGACCCGGCCUUCCUCCCAGACGGCAUGACCAUCAGGAAGAACCUCGACCCGUCUGCCGCCGCCAGCGACGACGAAUGCCAGGCUGUUCUCGAGGCCGUGGGCCUUUGGGGUCUUAUCUACGACCGAGGUGGUCUGCUUGCUGAGAUGGUGGCCGACGACAUGCUCAGUCACGGCCAGAAACAGCUUUUCAGCCUGGCGAGGGCGGUGCUGCGCCGGCGCUUGCGUGGCCUGGGCGGUGGCGGGUUGUUGAUUCUCGAUGAGUUCAGUAGUAGUGUUGACUCCGAGACUGAGAAGACUAUGCAUGAUAUUAUUCUGCAUGAGUUCGACGGGUAUACGGUCAUCAUGGUGAGCCAUAGGCUCGAGAUGGUGAUGGGCUUUGACAGAGUGGUCGUCAUGGAUGCUGGCAGGGUCGUGGAACAGGGAUCGCCGGGUGGACUGGUGGAGAAGGAGGGUGGCUGGUUUAGAGAUCCAAGGAUUGCGGGCAAGACUGAGGAAGUCAUGAAAUGA